AUUUUUAUAGUGAGAGUCAAGUUGUGCGGGCCAGGCUUUGAAGUGUGGUGUAGGACACACCUUGUGGGCGAUGCCUGACGUGAGCGGGGAGAUCUUUCUGGAUCAGCAGGUCAGUCCAGAUUCGGCUUGAACACAUACAUAACCGUGUACUUUGCAGUCGGGAUUUACACCAGCGUGGGUGGCUCUGGGAGCAAAGUGGGAACAGUGUCUUGCCCAAGGACACAAUGGCAGUGAUCAGGAUGGCAAAAGCUGAAUUUCAACCGAGAGCCCUCAAGUUCCUGGUUGCCGUCAGAGCCACACCGCUCCAGGGGGCUUUGCUGACAAACAGGACUGGACUUGCUACAUUCCACACACCAAACAAGAACAACAUGUCGGGGAAGAGCACCAAGCCCAACCUCAGCCAGUCCCAGGCCGCGGAACUGGUGAAGAAACGCUACAACCUGACUGCCUCUGAAGUCAACGUUCUGCCCGCCUGGGAAGACCAGAACCUCCACGUGGUGACUGAGGAAGGGGGGCAGUUUGUUCUGAAGAUCAUGAACUCCGAGGACAGUAAGAAGCCCGACCUUGCUGAGGUGCAGACUUAUGCCAUGAACUUCCUGCGGGAGAAGGGACUUCCUACCCAGAAUACCCUGAAAACAACCACAGGACAGAUCAUGUUCCUGGAAGACAUCGAUUGUGGCCACGGUCUACAGAAGUUCCUGGUGCGCCUCUUGACUUAUUUGCCAGGGAUCCAGAUCGCCAAUGCUCCUCUCUCGCCACAACUGCUCUAUGAUGUCGGCCAAUCAGCAGCCAGGAUGGACCUGGUCCUCAAAGAGAUGAAGCAUCCUCAGGCGUCAGCGUUGCAGAGGGACCACUUGACUUGGAGUCUGUCCAACGUUCUUCUCCUGGAGAAGUACAUGAAGGUUGUGGAUGGACUUCCUCUCCAGGCGGGCGUGAGGAUGGUCCUCCAUCAGUACAAGACCUGCGUGGCCCCCAAAUACUCCGCUUUCCGCAAGUGUGUGAUACACGGCGACCUAAACCAUCUCAAUGUGCUGGUCCAAGCCGAGGACAGCAAUGCUCACAAGAUUUCCGGGAUCAUAGAUUUUGGGGAGAUCCACUCUGGCUAUUACGUGCACGAGCUGGCCAUCACCAUCAUGUACAUGAUGCUGGAGCACCCCAAACCCAUUGAGGUGGGCGGAGCUAUCUUAGCCGGCUGGGAAAGUAUCUUUCCUCUCAACAAGACGGAGAAAGAUUGUCUGUUUUGGUUGGUUCUGUCCCGUUUCUGCCAGUCCUUGGUGCUCUCCAGGUACACGGUGACCCAGCAGCCUGAAAAUGAGGAAUAUCUGAUGUCCACCUCCAAGAACGGCGUUCGGAUUUUACUGGAACUUUUAAAGGUGGGGAAGGGGCAGGUGGAGAAGGUGUGGUUCCAAACGGCUGCUGACCUCAAUCACAAAAAGACAGAAAUAGAACCAAGUAAUUAAAUGAGUCAUGUCUGACCUGCACACACUUGAAUGGACUCCGUAAUAUCUCUUCAUCUUUUUACCGACUAGAAAAUGCACAGAACUUUGUAAUAGAGACAAACGUGUCACAAAUAUUAUCGUCCAUAUUUCUAAAUAAAUGAAGAAAAUGGUCUAACAUUACAAGCAUUGCAAAAAGUUUUUGGGACAGGAUAGGUCUUUAUUGUCAUUGCACAAGUACAACGAAACUUUGUUUACAGCACAAACCCGUUCGAGAUGAGACAAACAAACAGUGUGCAGGAUUACAGAACAGGAACGCUGAUGGGUCGCCACAGGGCGCCCCGUAAAAGAUGGGGAAAAGGUCAACGCUGGGGGAGGAUGAGUAAAAAAAUACAACCCAGACUUGGCUCCUAAGGGGGCCCAGUCUGGAGUGGGGAAAAACCCCUCCAUAGCAAAGCACAUAUACAUAUUACAACGUACAUCUCCAGAUAUCUAGCUACAGAGGGGAGGGAGUGGGGGGCCAUGGUGGCGGGCCGCAGCUCUCAGGUGCUGCACCUCCUUCCAUCACCCCUAUGGGAUUUGUGUCAGGGGCGUUGGAUUGGGAGUUGGGUAUGUGUGUGUGGCGUAUAUUUUUUUGUGGAUGAAUGUAUGUGUGUAAGCCUGCAGUGUGUCUCUGUUCCGCGGCCUUGAUGUCGUGCAGCCAAUAAGUCCAAAGUCAACCACAACAGGUGUGUGUCCAUGAGAGACAAGAAGGGAGUUUGUUGUGUCUUCGCCGCACUGUCCUUCGGGAGAGUCUCCAAGCCAGGGAACAUUCCAAGUUAGAAUGUUUUGUAUGCCAGUGAAAAUAAAAUUUACUUUUCACUCUAAA